AUGGAUUACCUUGACUAUUUCAAUGACAGUAAGAGACCACCACCAAGACCAGAAAGAAGGUUGCUAAAAGACAGGAGCAACCCACUAAAUGAUUUUGAUGAUUUACAUUUUCUUGACCGUUUCCGUAUGUCAAAGGAAAAUGCAACAGAAAUAAUUGGUUUGCUGCAGCCCAAGCUUACAGGUGACUUAGUUUUGGCAUGUGGAACCUACCAUCGGGAAACUGGGGAUUUGUGUGGUGUAGGUGAAUCAACAGUGUGCAAAAUAGUACACAAAGUCUGCAGUGCUAUAUGUGAACUGAAAAAGGAUUUCAUCAAGUUCCCAAAUGCUGCUGAACAGGCCACCUGCAAGGUAGAUUUCUAUGAAUAUGGGAACUUCCCUGGAGUCAUUGGUUGUAUCGAUGGCUGCCACAUUCCCAUCAAGUGUCCCUCUACAGCAGAUGCUGAGGAAUUCAGAAAUCGUAAAAACUGGUUUUCAAUAAAUGUACAAGGAGUGUGCACUCCCACUAUGCAGUUCUCCAAUAUUGUUGCACGCUGGAAAGGUUCAACUCAUGACUCAAGGAUUUUCCACAACUCCUCUUUAUAUACUCAGUUUGAAGCAAGACAACACUCUGGAAUUCUACUUGGUGACAGUGGGUAUGCGCAGACAAACUUCUUGUUCACCCCUUAUCCCCAUCCAGUCAGACCAGAGCAACAGCGCUAUAACCAAGCUCACAUUCUCACCAGAGGGCUAAUAGAGCGCAUGUUUGGUGUAUGGAAGAAUCGUUUCCAGUGUCUCCGAAAUACACUGCGGUUUGAACCUAGGAGGUGCUGCAUUGUUAUUAUUGCGACAGCAGUGCUUCAUAAUUUUCUUAAACGGUGCGGCUGCCCAGACCCUGAUAUUGAAGAUGAUGAUGACCAACAUGUCCCCAUCCCUGAGCUAGCCAAUGACAGAAAUGGACUUGCUUACAGAGAUGCUUUUGCUUUGCAGCACUUCUCAUAA